AUGGAGAAUUUAUCGCACCUGUCGGCCCUGGAGGAGCUGUGGGUGGGGCGCAACAAGAUCAGGGAGGUGCGCGUGGAGGGGCUGUCAGCGCUGGUGAAGAUCAGCGUGCAGAGCAACCGCCUCACCUGCAUGCGCGGACUCGAGUCGUGCACGCGCCUACAGGAGCUGUAUCUGAGCAACAAUGGCAUCAGCACCAUGGAGGGACUAGAGGCGCUCUCCAACCUGCGCAUCCUGGACCUUGCUGCUAACGCCAUCACCCACGUGCAAGGACUGGACACACUCACCAGCCCUCAUCCACCUCAGUCCCCUCGUCCUCGUCCCGCGCUCCCCAUCGCGUGCCAGGUUGGAGGACCUGUGGCUGAUCAACAACCGAAUCGAGUUGCCUGCUCGGCCCUCAUCCCCUCGAGCCCCUCAUGCCCGUCACUGCUUCCGCCCUCAUCUACCCCACUCCCCUCGUCCCUGGCUCCCCCUUGCCUCUGCAGCCUGGAGGACCUGUGGCUGAACGGCAACUGCAUCGAGUCGCUCUCGCAGCUCAUGGCCGCCCUGGACGACCUGUGGCUGAACGACAACCGCAUCGAGUCGCUCUCACAGCUCAUGUCCGCUCUGGAGGGGCCCAAGGCGUCGCUUGUCACACUCUACCUCGAGCGCAACCCCUGUGUGAGUGGCGAGGCUGAGAGCGCAACCCCUGUCUUCCUCUCCCUCUCAUUCUUCACCCUCCCCCUCCUCAUUCCCCUCAUGCCUCCUUGGUGCAUCGCCCUCUCACUGCACUCCCCUCUUCGCCCUCCAUUCCCUACUUGGGCCAAGGAGGCAGGGUACAUAGAGACCCUCGCCAAGAUGCUGCCCAGGGCAGAGGAGAUCGACUCCAAGCCCGUCAGAUGA